CCCUGCCUGCGGACUGAAACAGAGUUUCAUCGUCGUAUGCUUUUAUAGUGCUUUCUUUAAGCACCAGGGUUUAGCUUAAGAAAAGUGCAGUGACACAUUUUGCCUCUGGAAAGAAAAGAGGGGGAGAGUUUGAAAAGCUUUCCAAAUUUCCUCCGCAAACGGCAAGAGAGGAUUAAAUUCAAAGGCUGGAGUAAAGAAAGAAAGAAAGUUUUUGAAGUUUUGUGUUACAAGACAAGACUGAAUGCAUCUCUUAUGUGAUGUGAACUGAUUGACUCCAGGCUCUUUUGUCCACGACUAAUUUCUGUAAUAAGGAGGAAAAGGCUUUUGUCGCUCCUGUUGCGCUUUGCGAGCGGAGCGCGCGCCUUGAAUUUGUGCCCUUGUCAAACGAUCAAACGUUUAAUUGACACCUGUUGCAUUGUGACGCCACUACUCACUGUGUCUCGGUAAGUGAUUCAAACUUUCAAAAACUUGAAACGAACUUUUUUGAACUUUUUUGGAAAUUGAGAAGCCCCGGAUUCCUCACAAAGUGCGUCCCUCAGUCAGUGUGCAGACGCAUGAAAGAGAGAUAAACACGGGAAACACACGUGCCAAUUUACGUUUAGAGGUGGAAUUGUUAAAUUUUUGCUGAAGUAACUCCUACUUUGUGUGCGGUGCAAAAAAGCCAACGAACAUCGCGCAGAAGACCAGGACUCUCGGGACUCCAGUUGUGGGACUUUAGAGUAACUUUUGGAGACCUGCGCUGAACGAAUAGGUCGACUGAGAUCAGCAAACAAAGGAGGCUCUUCACGUUUCCAUUUCUUGGACGAGGAAGAAUGGAUGUAAGAAUGAACCAAGGACACCUAAUUCUGGCACUGACCCUCAUCGUCUGCAACUCACAGCUGCUGGUGGUCGCCAACUCAUGGUGGUCAUUAGCCAUGAAUCCCAUCCAGAGACCGGAGAUGUACAUCAUCGGAGCGCAGCCUCUGUGCAGCCAGUUGACGGGUCUGUCCCAGGGUCAGCGGAAGCUGUGCCAGCUCUAUCAGGACCAUAUGGUUUAUAUCGGAGAGGGGGCAAAGACGGGCAUCAAGGAGUGUCAGUACCAGUUUAGACAGAGGCGAUGGAACUGCAGCACGGUGGACAACACAUCAGUGUUUGGCCGCGUAAUGCAGAUUGGCAGUAGAGAAACAGCAUUCACCUAUGCCAUCAGCGCGGCGGGCGUAGUGAACGCGGUUAGUCGGGCGUGCCGUGAGGGCGAGCUCUCCACCUGUGGAUGCAGCAGGGCAGCUCGUCCAAAAGACCUUCCAAGAGACUGGUUGUGGGGUGGCUGCGGGGACAACGUCAACUACGGAUACCGUUUCUCCAAAGAGUUUGUGGACGCCCGUGAGCGUGAGAAGAACCACCCCAAAGGAUCGUUGGAACAUGCACGCACGCUUAUGAACAUACAGAACAAUGAGGCUGGGAGAAUGGCAGUGUACAAUCUGGCCAACGUUGCAUGCAAGUGCCACGGAGUGUCGGGCUCGUGCAGCCUCAAAACCUGUUGGCUCCAGCUGGCGGACUUCCGUCGCGUCGGCGAGUUCCUAAAGGAAAAGUACGACAGCGCCGCCGCCAUGCGUAUUAGCCGACGAGGCAAGCUGGAACUGGUCAACAACCGCUUCAACCCCCCGACUCCCGACGACCUGGUCUACAUCGACCCGAGUCCGGACUACUGCUUGCGUAACGAGACCACUGGCUCCUUGGGCACCCAGGGGCGCCUCUGCAACAAAACUUCGGAGGGGAUGGACGGCUGCGAGCUCAUGUGUUGCGGACGCGGCUACGACCAAUUCAAGACCUACAAGCAUGAGCGCUGCCAUUGCAAGUUCCACUGGUGCUGCUACGUGAAAUGCAAGCGCUGCACGUCGCUGGUAGACCAGUUCGUCUGCAAGUAGCACCCUGGGGAUGGGAUGUACGCCAUGGAGAGGCACUGAGCAAUUAGAGGGAGAUGAGCAGGACCCUGAACGGACCCGUAGGGGGAACUUAGAGAUAAUUAAAUGUAAAAUGAUAUAUUAAAUAGCAACAAAUUAAAGUAUAUAAUUAAAUGUACGUGUGCCAUUGAUAGUAAUUUAAUGACUUUUUCUGACUCAACGUGACUAGGUUGGAUGUCAUUGAUGUAAAGGAGGCACCAGACAGUCACAGUGCUCGUGCAUUUUGUUGUUAAGCUAUUGUCAAAAGUGCCUGGUCAACAAAUUUGUGAGCAAUGUAAAUUAAAAGAGGGUGCAACCCUCUGCUUUUUCUGAAAGAAAGAGCCCACGUGAACUCUUUAGAGACUCUAGAGCUUUCUUGAGGGAUCAAGAAAAGGUAGAGAUGUCAGAAGAGGACGGAGAACAACAGAGGAACCUUUUCAAGACCUGUGGUCCAACAUUCGCUUUGAGACUGUGAUGAUUUUCGACCACACCUUCACAAACCUUGCCCAUAUCAGAGCUCUUAAGUACCUUGAGUCAGAUGGUGACAUCAGGGGGCGAGAAAUGCAGAGUGGACAUUGUGUUUCAUCAUGUCAUGUUGAUCUUUAAGAUAUGACACAAACACAAUGAUGCCUCUCAACCUCAUGUUACCCUGUUCGCAUAAGCCACUCCCUCAAGAAACCUGGAGACAGGGUGAAAGAUCAAACCUGGAGCAUAUAGCUACUGGUUAUUUUGCCACACGUCGCCCCCCCAUUGGAUUAAAAAUGCUUGUCAUUUAUUCGAUUCGACACAAAGGAUCAUUCAUAUUAGCUUUUUCAAAUGUCUGCUUGUAAUGUCAUUUCAGGGUCUUCCGUAUGUCAUAUAUUAGAUUUAUAUGUAAUCUACAGCUGAUAUUCAGAGAAUAUUGUGUUGUUUUGUCACUGUUAUUGUUGUUGUUGUUGGUUUGAACAAGUGUGUCUCACAGUAAUGAAUGUGUGUCUGGUAACUCAAAAUAGAAAAAAAAUCAAGGCUAUGUGAUAAGGACUGCAAAAAAAUUAUAUUGUAACCAAAUACUAGUGGUUCAGAUUAUAUUUUAUUAAUUGCUUCUCAUUUUAUACAUCAUAUGUAUUGUUCUGAUUAUUAUUUUUUGAUAAAGAAGUUUUUACUGGGGAUUUAUAUGCAAACAGAGGAAAUAUUACUGGCCACUUGGAUGGAAUGGGCAAUCCAAGCCAACUUUUCCCACUGUUUGGCCAAGGAACAAACAAUAGGAUCUUUUGUGCAUUUCAGAGGAAAACUACACUUGUAAAUAAGUCGUAUACAAAUCACAAAUCACUUACCAGUCUCUACUAUUUCUGUGACCUUACAUGUCAGUCUACAGUUUUUGCUGCCCUGUGAUCAUAUGCUUAUUGUGUGUAUUUCCCCCUCAUUCAAACCAGUAAUAUUAAAAAUAUUAUUAGUGAUUAAGGAUGGAGCUGCUUUAAUUCAGUUGCACUCUAUGUGUUUGUUUCUAUUGACUUGUAUGCAUUUGCAUACUCACAUUUAUUAUUGGUGUUAUAUUGCACAAAAGUCAAAAAGUUGUAGCUAACAUUAACUGCUAUUUUGAUUCAGUCGGCCAGCAUUGUAACAGGUAUUUUAUACACUAUAAAGCAUUUUUAAAUACUUUAGGAUGGAAAGUGUAGUAAAUAAAUGUAGAUGUAUUUUGGUUGUGGGGCUUUCUUAUAUACCAUAUGUUUAUAUGUAUAAUAUAUCUUUGGGUUGAAAAACUAAACUGUAGAUCUGUACUGUGGCUUUUACCCUCAUUAAAUUUCUGUUAGAAAUGUACAGCUUAACUUUGGGUGCAAUGGCCGCUUUUAUUGAUUCAGGACAAGACACAUUACAUACAUUUAUGUCAAUGUUUAAUUUGCUAACAACUUUCCUUAAUUGCAUUAACAAUUAUUAUAAAUCACAUUCAAAAUGUGCAUUAAAG